AAAUGAUAAAUUGUAUUAAUAUUUUUAUGGCUUAAAUCAAGGCCUGGAUUACCGAUGAUAUCAAUAUCAAUAACUUUGCCGUACAUUCAAACCUAAUCGCGUCGAGCGCUUCAUUAAUCGCCUAUAAUCGAGACGACGGAAACAUCGGAGUGGCAAAUGUGAACGAUGUUCAGAGCAAACCAUCGGUGCUCACAGCACACGGAAGCGAUUUAACUGAUUUACACUUCUCGCCCUUCGAUGACGGCAUUCUGGCCACGUCUUCGGGCUCCGGACAGAUCCAUAUCUGGCAGUUCCCAGAAGUGAGUCCAACGAUUGUCACCCCAAAGAAUGCCAUUCAAUCAUUCCGUGACGAAGAAGGGGUCGAUUUGAUUCAAUUCCACUCAACCGUAGAGAACAUACUGGCCGUCGGCACCGCAACUCAGCUCAAGCUCUGGGACACAACCAAAGGCCAGCCGUUUAUCGAGUCGACCAAAUGCUCGCGAAUUCAGAGCAUUGACUGCAGUUAUGACGGAAAGCUGUACGCCUUGAGCGACGGCGGCGACAGUCGUCGCGUCAAGAUAUGGGACCCGAGAGUCGACGGCUCGCAGGCGUUCGCCGUGGAGUUCAAGGGUCACGACAACGAUCGGGACUCGCGUGUGAUUUGGUUGGGCGACCGGCCGUACGUCGUGUCAUGCGGUUUCAACCGGCGUAAGGCCAGAGAGGCGUUCCUGUGGGACACUCGCGCCUCCCAGAAGCCGGUGUCGGCUAUGAACGAGUUCGAGCCGUCAGCCGGUGUUUGGAUUCCGUUAUUUGAUUUCGACACUCAAAUGCUGUUCAUCGCCGGUCGCAACGAUUCAGCCCUCAGUCACUACGAGGUUAACGAUCUGAUCGCCGGCACCGUUCAGUUGGACCCCAAUAUUGCCACCAAGAAGUCAAUCGAUUUGCAGAUCAAAGGGGCGACUGUUGUGCCGAAACGGGCGCUAAACAUAAUGCAGACCGAAGUGAACCGCAUUGUA